CACGCUAAUUGGUUUUGGUGUGUUUCGAUACCAUGACAAGGGAUAGGAAAAUCGGGGUAGCCGUUGAUUUCUCCAAAGGAUGCAAGCUUGCUCUAAAAUGGGCCAUCGAUAAUCUGAUCCACGAAAAGGGUGACACCUUGUAUGUCAUCCAUGUCAAGCCCUCUCAGGGCGAUGAGAGUCGCAGCACUCUUUGGUCUUCCACCGGAUCACCUCUGAUUCCAUUCACGGAGUUCCGUGAAAAAUUGGUGAUGGAGAAGUACGACGUCAAGGUUGAUGCAGAGGUCUUGGAUUUGCUUGACACAGUGUCGAGGCAGAAACAUGCGACGGUGGUGGCAAAGAUCUACUGGGGAGAUGCAAGAGAGAAACUUUGUGGAGCAGCUGAAGAACUAAAACUCGACUGCUUGGUCCUUGGCAGCAGGGGCCUUGGUUCCAUUCAAAGGGUGCUGCUAGGAAGUGUGUCCAGCUACGUUAUGGCAAAUGCAAUCUGCCCUGUUACCAUUGUCAAGGAUCAUAUUGCCUGAUUUAGAUUCUGUACCUCUAAAACGAGCUUGAUGAGGGGAGAUAAAUGGAUGUUGUACUGCUUGUUGCUAAAGUUAAUGAACUUGAAUUAUGUGCCUCCCAGUUUGCAUAUAUGUACUCAAUAAUUUAAUCUUUGUUUGUAUGAAACUACUCCUGUUGUAUCAGUUUGAAUAAUGAACUUGAAUCAUGUA